UUUUUUCUGACAAGCCCCUCUAUAAGUGAAAGCCUCUCUAUAAGUGAAAGUCCUGAAGGUCCACUUAUAAGCGAAGGUUCCCCUAUAAGCAAAGGCCUUUCUAUAAGCGAAGGUCUCCCUAUAAGUGAAGGCCCAAA